AUGGGUGUGCCGGCGACGACGACGAUGGGGGAGAGUGAGAGCCCUCGGAGCCCAGAGGCAAAGCUUGGGAUGCAAGUAGAGGAUUUGUGGGACGUGCAAGAGCCACAGCUAAGUCCAACUGAAAAGCUCAAUGCUUGCUUUGAGAGCGUCCCUGUCUCUGCCUUCCCUCCUGCUCCUCCUAAUCAAGUGAUUGAGAUAAAGUCAGACACCAGUUUAGCUGAAGCUGUUAAAAUCCUGUCCCAACACAAAAUUCUUAGUGCACCAGUGGUGGAUGUCGAUGCGCCUGAGGAUGCUAGCUGGAUCGACAGAUACAUCGGUAUCGUUGAGUUUGCCGGGAUUGUUGUGUGGAUUCUGCAUCAGUCAGAACCUCCAUCUCCGAGGACGCCGACCAGUCCAUCGAGUGCAACCGCAAUUGCCGCAGCAGCUAAUGGACUAAAAGGUCUUGAUAUUGCAGGAUUGGAAUUGGGCUCUGACUUUGCUGCAACAACUGCAGGAAGUUUCUUUGAGGCUUUGACCUCUUCUGAGUUUUACAAGAAUACACAGGUUCGAGAUAUCUCUGGUUCCUUCCGCUGGGCUCCAUUUCUUGCUUUGCAAACAUCCAAUUCCUUUCUCACCAUGCUUUUGCUACUUUCCAAGUACAAGAUGAAGAGCGUUCCUGUGGUUGAUUUGGGUGAUGGAAAGAUUGAUAAUGUCAUCACACAAUCUGCGGUGAUUCACAUGUUGGCUGAAUGUGCCGGACUUCAGUGGUUUGAGAGCUGGGGAACCAAGAAACUAUCCGAACUCGGUCUUCCCAUGAUGACUGCCGAUCACAUUGUCAAGGUAUAUGAGGAUGAACCGGUUCUGCAAGCAUUUAAGCUGAUGAGGAAGAAGAGGGUUGGAGGGGUACCUGUGAUUGAAAAGGGUGGUAGCAGGGCAGUAGGUAAUAUAAGCUUAAGAGAUGUUCAGUUCUUGCUUACUGCACCAGAAAUUUACCAUGACUACAGAUCGAUCACGGCAAAGAACUUCCUGACGGCUGUUGAAAAGUAUCUAGAGACGCAUCAUGAAGUCUACCCGAUGUUGAGUACCAUGGUUACGUGCAAAAAGGAUCACACAAUCAAAGACCUAAUUCUGAUGCUGGAUUCCGAGAAGAUCCACAGGGUAUAUGUUGUGGAUGAUGAUGGGAAUCUGGAAGGAGUCAUUACACUCAGGGACAUCAUCUCAAGGCUAGUUCAUGAGCCCCGUGGCUACUUCGGCGACUUUUUCGAUGGUGUUCUGCCGCUCCCCCAAAACAGCAGAGUUUAA